AUGUCGCAAGUCAAGUUCGAGCAGAAGGAGACCAUCCGCACCACGAGCGGAGCUGGCGGUAGUGGCGGACCGCCGUCAGGAGGCAAAGAGGAUUUUGCACACAAGGUCGGCGAUGCCUUGACCAAAGGAUCAGGCCCCAAUGGGUACCUUGCCUGGUACCUCAAGAAGCUCCAAGAAGACCCGCUGCGCACCAAGAUGAUCACAUCUGGCACACUAGCUGGUCUGCAAGAGUUCCUUGCCUCGUGGAUCGCGAAGGACCGCAGCAAGCAUGGCCACUACUUCACGAGUAGAGUGCCGAAGAUGGCUGUGUAUGGUGCCUUCAUCAGUGCGCCUCUGGGUCAUGUCAUGAUCUCUAUCCUUCAGAAGAUGUUCGCUGGCAGGACAAGUCUGCGCGCAAAGAUUAUGCAGAUCAUUGUGUCUAACUUGAUCAUCUCGCCCAUCCAGAACGCCGUCUACCUCACGUCAAUGGCCAUCAUCGCAGGCGCCCGCACAUUCCACCAGAUCCGCGCGACCGUACGAGCAGGCUUCAUGCCAGUCAUGAAGGUCUCCUGGGUCACAUCCCCACUGGCCCUCGCCUUCGCGCAGGCCUUCCUUCCAAACGAAGUCUGGGUGCCAUUCUUCAACGCCGUCGGAUUCAUCAUCGGUACAUACAUCAACGCGCACACGAAGAAGAAGAGGCUGCAAGCUCUGCGAAGGAAGUACCAGGACAGCAGCAGAACGAACGACGGAAGAGACGGUCGCGACGGACGCAGUGAAUACGGCGGCAGUCGGCCAGGUCCUGGUGCGUACUAG